AUGGCAUUUCACGGCCAACCCGUCCCAGGACAGGGACUAGAAGACUUCUACCAGAACCUACAAGCACAAUGGACCGGGUUAGACGCACCCCCUUACGUGAGCGCCAAUCGCACCUACUGCACAACAGCAUUCCCUGCCACUUCCAUCUUGACCCCAGUCAGCCUCCCAGACAGCGCUUUCGCCCCUACAAGGCCCAGUCCAGUCCUGAGUCAUCACUCGCAAGAAUACCAACACAGCCUCAAUGAUCCGGCCCCCACACAGCAUGGACUAGGCAUAGCCGCACCCUUCCCGGGCGAUUACCCACGCAACAUCUCCUCAGCAAUAGGAUACCCGUCAGAGGACAUGCAUUACCAUCCAACCGACGCGGCUCUUUCUCCCCACCCACGCCCUGCAAAACGGGCCCGCCGAUCCUUCAAACAACAACAGCCACCAUCCCUGCGGGAAAAUCCCGUAUCGAUCCUCCCGCACCCAGAAGGAAUGCAGCGCCUCGAGCAGGAACGCCGGCGGGGACAAACUGAGGCUCAUGCGCAUCAGCGGCCACGCGCUCCGGGCCGGGGACGGAAGGAUCCACAGGCUGAAGAAGAGGAUGCGUAUGUGGAGGGACUGCGCGAGCGGAAUCUGGCGUGGAAGGUGAUUCGGGAGAUGUUCCGGGAGAGGUUUCAGAAGGAUGCGUCGGAGGCAAGGUUGCAGAUGAGGCUGUUGCGUCGUCGUAAAGAGCGUCUUGCUCGGUGGGACGAGAGUGAUAUACAGUUGCUUAUAAGAGCAAAAGAUUAUUGGAAACAUGAGAAGUAUCAACUUAUUGCGCGAAAGAUGCAAGAACUUGGCUCCAGGAAGUCAUAUACAGCAGAACAAUGCGAAGCACAGCUUCAAAUUCUCGACAAUGAACAACAAGAUAGGGAAGAAAGGACCACACCCUCUAUUGUCCAUUCGUCAAUACCUGGAUCAGACCAUACCCAACGACGAGCUGCAUCGAGAUAUCCCCCGAAAGUAGCGGUUACUACAAGUGGAUAG